CCUAAAUGAAUAAAAUUUUAACCUUCAACAUGGCGGCUAAAGAUGAGGUGUUAUCUAGCACUGUUGAAAAACAGUUUCAGAGACUAAUGUCCAAUAAAGAGAGGGAUAUAAAAUCGAAAGAAUGCUCGUGGAUAUUCGAUGGGAAGUGGAUAAGAGCUGGACACAUUCAUUACAGCUUAAAAGGAGAGACUAGAGUCUGGGAAACUGUGGAGCGAACCACUAGAAAAGGAACAGCCGAUGCCGUUGAUAUUAUUGCAACUCAAAAAGAUAAGGAUAGGAUAUUGCUAGUUGCCGUCUAUCGUCCGCCAAUCAAUAAGAUAUGUGUUGAGUUUCCAUCUGGUCUUAUCGAUAAGAACGAGGAACCGUCAGAGGCCGGAGAGAGAGAGUUAAGAGAAGAAACGGGACACGAGGGAAAGGUUGAGAAUAUUAGCGUACCUGUGUAUUGCGAUCCAUGGAAAAGCACCGAAAACACAAUCUUAGUUCAAAUGUCAAUUACUGAUGACGCUGGCAAACAGUCGUUAGAUGAUGAUGAAUAUAUUGAAGCAUUUUACUUAUCACUUCAAAACUUGUUAAAGUCAUUACAGAGUUUAAAAGAGAAAUUUGACAUUGAAAUUGAGAGUAAAUUAUAUUUAUUUGCUUUAGGACUUGAGAAUGGUAAAACACUCUUAAAAUAAUAAUAAUAAUAAUAAUAAAUGAUACUUUUUCACAUAGCGCAUGUAUUUUAAUUGUCAAACAUUUCACUUGUUUAUUUGA